ACAGAGUGACUACAUUCUGUCGGCUUUGAGUAUAAUAAAUUCACCUGUGGACCUCCUGCAUACAGUUUUUGUUACAAUCUUUAACAAAUACAGAGGGAAGUCACCUUUUACGCAGAGGAAUUUGGGUGGAAAUUACGCACAGUUUGCACUGAUGGAGGUCGUUGUUCUGAUCGCUGUGCUGCUUCUUACAAACGUUUUCUGUCAAGACAUGGAUGCUGACAACUGGAGAGAAGGAUUCGAGGAGAACAAAUGGCCAAACUCUGGAGAGAUUCAAGAUUUCUUGGAGAGAAUGACCAGAAAAGUGCCACGCCAAUAUCUUGGACUUCUGGGGAAGAAAGAAUUUGGGCACAGAUUUCAGACCUUUGUGGGUCUGAUGGGAAAAAGAGGCUUUGAAGAUUAAGGUAUGGUAUGCAGAGUGGUGUGA